UUCCGAUUUCAUAAUUAAUAUGAAAUGCGUAUUUUUUUUAAAAAAAAUCAAUCGCUUGCGGAGGAUCAGAUAACAGCGCCACCAAGUAUGAUAUCAUGUCUUCUAACUGUAGAGCAUUUUCCAGUGAACGCACCCUCUUACAGAGUUGACUACAAUGCCAUUGCUCGUCACAGAUGCCGUAGUCCGUUAACGUGUUCUGUGUUUUCUGUCAUUUCCUAGUGUUAUGUUAAGUGCGGGAAUAAUUAACAAGCAUCACUGCCUCCGCAGAUCCACGACCAAUGUAACGCUACGCAAUGACACGAAAACAAAGUCACCUCAUUCAUGCAUCCACUCGAGGAAAAUCGAUAAAAGUAGGUCCAAGCAAAACAACGUUAAAAUAAAGGCAACCUCAUUAUGCGAAUGAGAUUAAUGGGAUUAAAAAUAAAAUUAUAUUGCGCAUGCGUGUGCUAUUCUAUAAUUUUUAGUUUUUCAAGAUGGACGCCGUGAUACCUGGUAUAGUUCAUAUGGAUAAUAUAGCAGCUGGUAAUAGUAUUAUUCAACCGGACAAUGCAAAAACUAGACAAGCAACCAGGUAUGGUGUUAGACUGUUUCGGGAGUACUGUGUACAGCACGGCGUGGAAACCAUCAAUAAUUUGCCGCCCAGAGAAAUCGCCGCGAUGCUAAAGGGCUUCUACGGGCAAGCUCGCACUAAAGAUGGCCAAAGAUUUAGUGUUAAUUCAUUGAUUGCUAUUCGAUAUGCAAUUAGUCGUUACUAUCGCUCCCCCAUGGUCCACAGGAAGAUCGACAUAGUCAAAGAUAGUGCUUUCAACGAUGCCAAUGAGACAUUUCGUGCCGUUUUAAAGGAUCUGGAGAGGGAAUCCCGUGGCACAGCAUGUCAAAAAGAGUUACAAAUGGUCGAUAUGGAUGACCGACGGAAACUCAGGCAUUACUUCGAACAUGCCAUCAGCACGCCCAGGGGACUUCUCCAGAAAGUAUGGUACGAUUUGAUGCUCCGGGUGGGGCGUAGGGGUCGAGAGAGUCAGCGACUUUUGAACAGGAAUUCCUUCAGGAUUGCCAAGACAGCGGACGGAAGACAGUACAUCUAUCAGGUUGAUGAUGAAGAAGCAGGCAUUAUUUUAGAAAUUCCUGGCGAUCCUUUAUGUCCUGUAAAAACACUGAAAUUUUAUUUAAGUCGAUUGAAUCCUGCUUGUAAAGCCUUAUUCCAGCGGCCGAAAGAACAUAUAUAUGACCAGGAUACUUGUUGGUAUGUCAACUCCCCAGUAGGCAAGAACAUGCUGGCUACCAUGAUGUCAACCAUCUCCAAAUGUGCUAGGUUAAGUCGCAUCUAUACUAAUGUUCGCAUCCGAGCCACAACUUACUCUCCUGCGGAUGGAAAAGGCUGCAUUCCUUGUACUGAUGUAGCUGAACUACCUGUGCGAGAACAAGAUACUCGAGAAAUAAAACCUCCAGAAAAAAGGCCCCCAGAGAUUGCUCCAAAGCCAGUUCAAGUGACACAGAACUCUCACAUUAUCAAGCAAUUAAAUGCUCCCAUCGUCCAAGCUUGUUUAUCAGUUGCUGUGUCUAAUCCAUUGAGUACGGUCACAAAUACUGGUUCCUUCAUCAAUCGAGUGUUUCCCAUUGCCUUGACAACUGGUGUCCCUAAGACUGAAUUAUUGAAUGGACAGGCUAUCAACCUCAACAAACCUAUUGAACCGGAAUCUCCACUUCGUAAUUGUGAUUUUUGUAAAAAGGAAUUAAAAGGUGGAAUGGUCUUGAAGUCAAAUGAAGCAGGAAAAGAAUAUUGCUCUGCUGAGUGCUUAGGGAAAUGGCUUGCUGUAGAGCAUAAAGAAGAAUUGCAGGCUGCAGCACCUCAAGGGGAAAAUUCAGAAAAAAAAUUAAAUGAGAAUAAUACCCACACAGACUCUUCUUCAAAUCCCAAGAUUCAAAAACUACUUACAUUAUGUUCAUCUGCUAAUUUAUUGAUACCAUUUCCUUCUCUGUGCAAAGAUUUUACUGCUCCUGUUGAAAAUGAAGUCAUUACAAAUGGUGAUACUAAGGAUGAAUCAAGAAGUUCUUCACCACAGCUCAUUGUUCCAGAUGAGGUCUAUCCUGAAGCAAUUUUGGAGACAGUUGAUUCUGAUCCAGAAAAUCUUGAUACAGGAGUAGAAGAACCUGAAAUAGAAGAAGCUGAGGAGAAGUUAACAAGGGAUCAGGAAGUUAUGUGCCAGCCAACUAUGGUUUCAUGUGCAAUAUCUUGCAAGCCAAUAUUAAAAAGUCAGGGAAUUCAAACAGAUUUUAGUACCUACUUCUCAGAUAGUAUUUUCAGAAGUGAUGGUUUCUUCCCAAAAUAUAUUGUUAACAGCACUUGUUGUAGUAAGGAUGAGGAAGUAGAUGAUGUGAUAGAGGAGCACUCAAUUUUGAAUGGGGACACUUAUGAAUGUUUUGAUGAUGCUCAAGAUACAAACUCAUUGUGGAUGUCUGUUGAAGAAUGUGAUGAUGAGGAACCAGAAACACCAGAGUACAUUUCCCCUGUAAAUGCAUUGGUGAAAUGUGAGGAAACUCUUAUUCCUGAACCAUUGACUAGUGUAUAUUCACAGCGAGGACGAACGACCAAACGCACGACUUGGGAUGAAAUUGCGCAAAGGAGCAAGCUGCAAACCCUGUGGGGUGUAAAAGUUUUCAGAGAAUGGCUACAAUCUCGGGGCAGUCGUCGAGAUUUUGAACGCUUAGAAGCCAUAGUUCUUGCGGGUAUACUAGAGGAAUUCUAUGAAAAUCUGACCAAACCAGAUGGGGAGGAAUAUAGCGUCAGCACUAUGCACACAAUUCGAGCCAGCAUCAGCCGAUACUUAACCCUGCCCCCACAGAGCAAGCCCUUUAGUAUUAUCAGAGACAGGGAAUUCAAGCGAGCCAAUGAGGCCUUCUAUCGCCGUAUCCGCCGCCUGCAGAGUCCACGCCAACCUGCCUUCCAUUAUGCAACAGGAAGGCCAGCUGUCUGGCAGCCUCAAACGGUCAACAUCCCCUGCAACAGCAAUGGCAUCAUGCUGGUCCAGUUGGGCCCUCAGUGAGGUGCUUCUCUCAAAGGGGUUGUAUAUAGGUAACAUGUCUUUAGUCUCUGAAUAUGUGCUUAGCACUGUGAUGUAACGAUGAUUCGCUCUUCUCUUAAAGCAGUGGUUUUAAACUUUCUAAGGUCUGAUAAUAAUCCUUUUGUUUUUUUAGGACUAUAAAUUGUUAUUUUACAUAAGAAUUCUCUAAGUGGGAUUUUUUUAGCCAAUCUUUAAAUAUUUGAAAUUAAAGAUUUUUAUUGCUUACUGAUAAAAGUGUGGCUACUCUUGAACAAGUUUUAAGAAACAAGUAUUUUAAAUCAAGCUGGUUUUAAUUUUUAAUCUGAGAUAGAUUUCAAAUUAUUCUUUUCUCUUUUAAUGUAAUGUAUUUUACAGAAAAUACCAAAAAUUCAUAAUUUCCUUUCUUUGAGUAUAGAUUAAAAAUUUUAAAAUUUAUUUAUCCUAAACGUUUAUUCUUAAUGGAUAGAAGCACUUUCAGCAUUCUGAGAAUUUUUUUCAAAUUUCACUUUUCCAUCACUUUGAUUUUGUGUUUAAUUCAGUUUGAAAUCUGGAAACUUUUUUUUUUUAAUCAGUUCAUAUUAGUUUUAAAAUAUUGAAUAAUUUUCAUUAAUUCAUGAUUGUAAAUAUUACUAUUAUAUUAUUUUUUUAAGCUUAAAAUUCUGUUUAUUAUAGCUUUACAUUAUAUUAAUGUGGGUAAAAAUAUAAUAUUUUGAACCAUUAAGCAAUUUUCUGGGGACUGCAAACCAGAAAGUUAAAACCACUGUCGAAAAGAACUACAUCGUUAAGAUUCCAGCAUCCAACAAAAUGAAUAAUUUGUGUUGCCCGGUGAAAACAAAAAAGUUAUAUAUUAACCUUAGCAGAUGUGUUUUGUCUGGUUAAAUUUUGGACUUUAUUUUUAUACUCAAGGAGAUCUCAUAACUCUAUGUGGAGUAUAUGUUCUUUCUGUGCAAAUACAAGGACUGAUGCUGUGAAAGCAGCCUGGCGACUACUUGAUUUCUUUGUUUUGUUUUUUCUCUUUUUGUCUUGAGGAUUAAUUGCUCCUGCCCAUUGACAGCUGUAGAUUUCUCUUUUCUUGUUUCUGAAAAAGAGACUUUUUGUUUUGUGUGUUUCUGUGUCAUAUUUAUUUAAUGAAAUGUACUAUGUGUUUUAACGUGGGUUUAAUUUUUACCUAAUCAAUGGAAAAAUUCUACCCAAAUGAAUACUGUCAAUCAAAAUUAUUAUUAUUUUUAUUUUUUAUGAUUUAAUACAUUUGAAAGCAGAAUUCUUUAAUUUGUUUUUGCCAGUCUGUUAGCAAACAUGAGUCUUAACACUUUGCAAAGUAGUCAAGCAAUAUAUUAUAUGUGUUAUUUGUUAUUAUGUCUUUCCUUAUAGAUAGCAAUAAUAAUUGCUAUGGAUUUUUGCUUUCAAAAUUAGAAUUCAAAAGAUCAGCAAUACUAAUGAACUUCCUGUUUUAAAAAAGCAAUAAUUAAAAGAAUUUUGUACAACGAAAAUUUGAUUUUCUUUUUUAUAUGAAUUUUAAGAAUUUUAUUUUUCACUUGUUUAAUGGUGGCCAAUGAAAUUUUCAAAUUUUAUUUUAUAAAUAUAUUUAGUGCAAUUUUGAUAUGAAUCGUGUUCAGACGUAUUUGUGUGAAUGGGUGGAAAGAAUAUUUUUGCACCAAAUUUUAUUUAGUUUUGAAAUUUCAGAUAUCUCUAUUUUAUGGCAGUAUUAGUGAUAAAUUCAUGUGUGUAGUUGCUUUGUAUUACUUUUCUUUCAUUGUAGCUAGAGUGAGCUUUUAGCUUCUGUGCAUGCAGAAAAAAUGUUUAGUUGUGUAACAAACUGUAUUUAUUUUAUUUUUUCUUGCUUUUAUUAGCUAAUUUGUAUAUUUAAUAAAAGUAGUCUUUUUUUUUCUUUUUGAAUUUUAGAUCAUGUUUUCUCAUUUAAGAUCAUGAAUUAAUCUAGUUCAUGUGAAAUCCUUAAAAAUUUUGGUUUCUAUGAAUUUCUUUUUCUUAGUAAUGCUAGUCAAAUUCACCCAGCUUAGAGUUACACUAUAGUAUAAAAGUUACAAUAACUGAUAUAGAUAUAGCAGAAGGGUGAUCUCUAGGAAAUGGGAUAAGUCUUGUUCUUGAAAUUCAAUUUUGAAUUUUUUUUGUUGAUCUUUAAUAAUUCUAAGUGAAUGUUACUAGAGGCCAGAUUAUAUAAUUUCUUAUUUCUUACAUUAUAUAAUUUCUUACAUUUUAAUAAUGCAGUUAUUUUAUAAAUCUUCAUUGAAUCGUCUUUCAAAUUGUGAAACACUUCCAUACAUAAAGUUGUGCAUCGGCAAAAUGGGCCUCUAAAAACUAUAACUUUUUAUAAUUUGUUUUAUUGAAGCUUCAUAAAAGAAUUUGAAAUAAAAUGGAACCAAAGUAUAAAAAAAAUUAACUGUUUGAUUCUUCAUUAAUCACCAAAUCUGAUGCUUAAACAAUUUAAUUCUUAAAGUUAUUAUUUGUUCUUGCUUACAGUAAAAAUAAAUGUAAAAUUUAAUUUAACUAAUUCCAUUCAAUCAAAAUUUCAAACCAAGCAAAAAAAAAAAAAAACAAAAAAACAAACAAGCAUAGAUUGAA